UUUGCCGCUGACCUGUAACCCAAAAUGUCAGCACCCUGAAAGCUCAUGCAAGGACUGCUGUUGUUUAUAGCGUAGCUGUAUUAUUAUGGGUGUUAUUAAUUUGAAGCAGACCGCUCACUAAGGUCUCACUUAGUUGCUUCUGUUAUGUUAGCAUGUUGCUAACCUUGCUAAUGCUGCGCAGGUAGCCUUUGGGGGGCUUGUUAGCAUUUAUCCUGCCCUGAUAAUAAUAAUAAUGAUAAUGUUGUGAGGUUUCUUGGAAAAUAUGACGUAUUUUCUAGUCAAGCAGCUCUGCGACUUUUCUCUGUUAAGACGGGUUUUACCGUUUAAAGUGUGUAGGAGGAAAAUGCCGAGCUACAACAUUUGCUACAGGGUGCUGAGACACCGCUGGAUGAAAAGUCUGCCUGUAUUCAGCAGCUUCAGGAGCUUAAGCACACAGCCAGCCAAGGAUGUUGUCGACCUGUCCAAGUUCCCUGUGGACAAAAUCAGAAAUUUCUGCAUCAUUGCCCAUAUCGACCAUGGAAAAAGCACCUUGGCUGACAGGUUGCUGGAAAUGACAGGCGCCAUCGCAAAGACGGAGAAGAACAAGCAGGUUCUGGACAAGCUUCAAGUGGAGCGGGAGCGAGGGAUCACCGUGAAGGCCCAGACGGCCUCGUUGUUCUACAGCCACGACGGACAGGAGUAUCUCCUGAACCUCAUCGACACGCCGGGCCAUGUGGACUUCAGCUACGAAGUGUCCCGUUCACUUUCCGCUUGCCAAGGCGUCCUGUUGAUUAUUGACGCCAAUCAAGGCAUUCAGGCCCAAACCGUCGCCAACUUCUACCUGGCCUUCGAAGCCCAGCUGGCUAUCAUACCUGUGAUUAACAAGAUUGAUUUGAAAAACGCCAACCCGGAGCAAGUGGAGUCGCAGAUCGAGAAGGUGUUUGAUAUCCCACGCGAGGAGUGCAUCAGGAUUUCAGCCAAGCUGGGAACAAAUGUGGAGGCGGUUCUUCAGGCAGUCGUCGAAAGGAUCCCGCAUCCUGGAGGGAGCGUCGACGACCCGUUCAAAGCUCUGGUGUUUGACUCCAAUUUCGACCACUACAGAGGAGUGGUGGCCAACAUCGCCGUGAUUGGAGGUCGGGUGAAGAAGGGCGACAAGAUUGUGUCGGCGCAUCUGAGUAAAACCUACGAAGUCAAUGAGCUGGGCCUGCUGCGGCCAGAGGAGCACGCUACACAGAAACUCUUUGCAGGCCAGGUGGGUUACAUCAUUGCCGGGAUGAAGGACGUGAAGGAGGCCCAGAUUGGCGACACUCUUUACCGCCAUGAGCAUCCGGUCCAAGCUCUUCCCGGCUUCAAGCCGGCCAAAGCCAUGGUGUUCGCCGGCAUGUACCCAGUGGACCAAUCAGAGUACCCGGCCCUGCGGAGCGCCGUUGAGAGGCUGACCCUGAAUGACUCCAGUGUCACAGUGCAGAGAGACAGCAGUCUGGCCCUGGGAGCAGGCUGGAGGUCAGAACCAUGGUGUAGUUCGGCCGCCUACAGGCAGAUGGCGCCGCUGGUCAUUCUUAAGUGGCGUGAAGAAAGAUGGCGGCUGCACCAGAACGAGAAAGAGACGCGCUUUGACUACGAGAACGCAGAUUACCAGGCUGCUGAUUUGAUAAAGAUGGACAUCCUACUGAACGGCCGGCCGGUGGAGGAACUCACCACCAUCGUACACAAGGAGCGUGCGUACAGUAUGGGGAAAGCCAUGUGUGAGCGCCUGAAAGAAUCCAUUCCCAGGCAGAUGUUUGAGAUCGCCAUACAGGCAGCCAUUGGAAGUAAAGUCAUAGCAAGAGAAACAGUAAAAGCGUUCAGGAAAAAUGUUCUUGCGAAAUGUUACGGAGGCGACAUAACGCGGAAGAUGAAGCUGCUGAAGAGGCAAGCCGAGGGUAAAAAGAAGAUGCGGCGCAUCGGCAACGUUGACGUUCCAAAAGACGCCUUCAUUAGUGUUCUGAAGAGGAAAGAAAAAUAAAACAUAAUUUUAAUACGUUAUUUAUGGAUUUGCUGCAACUGUAAUCAAAAAAUAAAGGAAUUACAAUUUU